AUGACUAGAGCUCGAUACAUCCUGCUCAUACCAAAAGAAGCCAUUAACGCUGCGACGGACGAACGUAUGACAUUUAACGAGCUCGCGCAACAGUCUGUCGAUAUCGCCCUCUCGCUUGCUCAUAUUGGCGUUAAAAAGAAAGAUAUAGUUGUCAUAUGCAGCUCUAAUAGGAUGGAAUAUAUACCUAUUGCUUUUGGGACCUUAUUAGCUGGCGCUGUACUAGCUAACAUCAAUGAGAACAAAGAAAUCAUUAAUCGCGACACCGACAUUGAGAAGACCAUUGUCUUCGACGAACCUGUGGAGGGGGCGAUACGUUUUAAGGACUUCUUGAGCCAACACGCGAGUGUCGAGGACUUCGAAGCGACUCCUGUGAACGGAUGUGAGGAUUUGGCAAUUAUUUUGUUUUCAUCCGGUACUACUGGCAUGCCGAAAGGAGUUAAAUUUACCCAUUACAGUUUUUUGUGCUCUGCUCAGGAUCCCUCAAGCAGCGCAGAUGAAGGUGCGGUGUUACUAGGAUCAGUGGACUGGUCGAACUCCUACGGAAUCGUAAUACUGUUUCGUCAUCUGGACGGGGGUUUUGUGACAGUAAUUGGUGCUGAUCCAGAUGGAGAACAAACACUUGAUAUAAUUCAAAAAUAUAAGUUAAGAGUAGAUUGUUUAAGUAAUGCUUCUUGGAAUGUGGUGCGAGUUCACACUAUACCAACACUACCCACGACUAUCGCCGCCAUCAAUAGCGUGAAGGACAUUUCCAAGUAUGACACCAGCUCGUUGCGGAAAAUUUCUGUAUGCGGUACAAUUUGCAACGAGAGUAUUUUAGAUACCUUUAAAAAGAGAAUACCAAGCCUUGAAUCAGUGAGCCAUUAUUAUGGUUUAACGGAAGUAGGAUGUAUAAAUAAUUCGAAAUUUGCAAAGUUUGGACAUCGGCAAGGGAGUGUUGGUUGCGUGCGGAAUGUAUUCGUUGUUAAGAUCGUAGACGUGGAGACGAGAGAGCCUCUGGGGCCGCACCAGCGAGGUGAGAUAUGUUGUAAGUCACCUACACUCCUGCAAGGCUACAUCGGCGGGGAAAUCGAUUAUUUGGACGAAGAAGGCUUCUUUAAGACCGGCGACCUGGGUUACUACGACGAAGACCAAUACAUUUAUGUCGUUGAUAGGAUAAAAGAUAUAAUUAAACACAACAGCUGUACGGUGUCUCCAUCUGAACUGGAGGCAGUGCUGCUGCAGCACCCAUCGGUGCACGAUGUGGGAGUAGUGGGCGCUCCACACGGAGAAACACAAGAACUGCCUACAGCCUUCGUGGUUCUGAAACCUGGUGCCCAGGUCACCGAACAGGAGCUCAUAGACUUUUUUAAUAAGAACGUGGCUCAAAAUGUGAUGCAACUGGCGGGCGGAGUGCAUUUCAUAAACGAACUGCCGCGAGGCGCUGGACUUAAACUGGACAGAAAGAAGCUCAGAUCAAUGUUGUAAUUAGUUUGAUUAUAAUAAAUAAA